AUGGCUAACGAGUGUGCUGUAUGCCAUAAGCAGGGUGAAAAAGUCCUCCGUUGUAGUCGAUGUCGUUCCCGGGAGUACAAAUUGCCAAACACAGGACUGGCCAACUUACAAGGCAACAUGCAGACGCCAGAACUACAUUUUGAAGCGUCUUUUGCUGAUCUGCAUGAUGCCCUCCAAGUUGCGUUUGAUUGGAAGAGCUGCCAUCUUUACGACUUUGAAUUUCUCGAUCAUAACGAAACCAUGGGCUCCAAAAAUAGGCUUGUUAUGAAGCCGAUACUGUGCAAAAUUACCGACCUUGACACGAUGGAUGGUGGCGACGACUCAGCCAAGGAUAGCAAACGCACUAAGCUUUAUCAGAUUCUGGAUGGGGCACGCACCAGUGGUAAAACUAUCCAUUAUAUGUAUGCUUUUGGAGACGGAUGGGAACAUAUUAUCACCUGUAGCGAGCGAGCAGAUCCAACCACCAACUUCGUCGUAUUAGGUGGUGAAGGGCAUGGAUGUGCAGAAGAUGUGGGAGGGUGUAGUGGAUGGGUUGAGCUAAUCGCAGCUUAUGAGUCUGAUGAACCGACGGAGCACCAGAGACACUUGAUAGGUCUGCGGGGAGCAGCAAAGUACGCGUGGGACAAAGACAGAAUCAAUGCAAUCUUGGAGGAACUUGAUACUUCCAAGCUCCCUGGACAUUCUACUUCAAUCCUUCUGGUAUCCUUGGCUAGUGAGUCAUGGUUUGAUCAAAUGUACGCUUCUGUGCUUACCAAAUUUCGCUCUAAAGCCACAAUCAAAGACGUCACAGAUGAUGCAUCAGCAAUGAAAUGUAUGGAAGAAUCACAUAAUUUUGGCACCAUCAUCUUUAUUAAUAUCAAUGGAAAGUUGGUUGAAUAUGCAAAAGCCGGUGGAAUCUUGAUAUUUGGAUUUUUAUUGUCAAGCUUUACCGAGCCACCCAAGUUUGAGGAGUUGAUGGAAACCUAUGGCCUAGAUUGGAAGUUUGGUGAUUGUACUCAAGAGAUCUACAACAUCAAUGGAAGGGCCGAUCUUAACAAGAAGUACAAUUUAAUGCCCUACAGCAUGAAAGCUGUCAGUUUGAAGAACGUUAGGCCUGAAGAUAGAGUCUACUCUGGCCCUAAACUCGCUAAAGAUCAGAGUCCCGCAGUUUUCGCAAAGUAUGGGAGUAACAGGGGUCAAAUUGGUUGGGUCGGCGACGUCAAUGGAGAGGAAAAAACGACAACACUGCUUCUAGCAAUGUGUGGAAUUUGA